UUCUCCAGUGGCAAUUUCUGAGAUUUUGGUACACCCAUCACCCAAGCAGUGUACACUGUACCCAAUGUGUAGUCUUUUAUCUCUUAUCCCCAUCCUAUCCUUCCCCCCAAGUUCCCAAAGUCCAUUUUAUCAUUCUUACACCUUUGCAUCCUCAUAGCUUAGCUCCUACUUACGAGUGAGAAUGUACAAUGUUUGGUUUUCCAUUCCUUAAUUACUUCAGUUAGAAUAAUGGUCUCCAGUUCCAUCCAAGUUGCUACUAAUGCCAUUAUUUCAUUCCUUUUUAUGGCUGAAUGUUAUUCCAUUAUAUAUAUGUGUAUAUAUACACAUAUAUACCACAAUUUCUCUAUCUACUCAUCGAUUGAUGGGCAUUUGGGCUGGUUCCAUAGUUUUGCAACUGCAAAUUGUGCUGCUAUAAACGUGUGUGCAAGUAUUUUUUUUGUAUAAUGACUUCUCUUCCUCUGGGUAGAUACCCAGUAGUGGGACUGCUGGAUCAAAUGGUAGAUCCACUUUUAGUUCUUUAAGGAAUCUCCACACUGUUUUCCAUAGUGGUUUUACUAGUUUACAUUCCCACCAGCAGCGUAAAAGUGUUCUCUUUUCACCACAUCCACACCAACAUCUAAUUUUUAAAAAUUUUUUGAUUAUGGCCAGUUUUGCUGGAGUAAGGUGGUAUUACAUUGUGGUUUUGAUUUGCAUUUCCCUUAUAAUUAGUGAUAUCUAGCCUUUUCUCAUAUGUUUGUUCACCAUUUUUAUAUCUUCUUUUGAGAAUUGUCUAUUCAUGUCCUUAGCCCAUUUGUUGAUGGGAUUGCUUGUUUUUUUCUUGCUGGCUUGUUUGAGUUCCUUGUAGAUUCUGAAUAUUAGUCCUUUGUUGGAUAUAUAGAUUGCAAAGAUUUUUCCCACUCUGUGGGCUGUUUACUCUGCUGAUUAUUUCUUUUGCUGUGUAGAAGCUUUUUAGUUUAAUCAAGCAUUGUUUGGACAAAUUGUUACAAAUCAUUCCUGCAGGACUCCAUUCAGCCUAGAUAACCAUACCUUUGGCCCAGUUCUCACAGAAUUUCUACAGAAACCCUACCUCCUCAAAGUAAUAAAAAGUUUGCAUUACAAUCGGACUAAUAUCAAAGAAAAUAAAAAUAACAAUUGGGCUAAUUAUAAUGAUUACCUACAUAGCUUUCUCCAUUAACUAACUCACAACAGCUCUGUUAAGUAGGCAGGACAAAUAUUACCACCCCCGGUUCACAGCUGGAAUAAUAGUACUUGCAUAAUAAUAAUUCUUGAGGGAUUCUUAAAUGCUGGCACUGUGUUAAUUUCUUUAUAUUCAUCGAAUAUCCCCAAUAACCCUACAGGUAGAUAUUAUUAUUUUCCCCAUUUUCAGGCCAGGUAAUUAAUGAAGCUUAAAAAUGUAAGUACCCUGCCCCCAGGAGUGCAUAAUUAUUAAGUAGCAGAACCAAUGCUUAUAUUUAAAUCAGAAACACUCAGAAGUAGCAUGAGAAUUUAGUAAAAACGAAACACACCCUCAUGCAAUCCGUAUUAUGUGGCCACCUGCCUACCAGGGUCAGCUGGAUGGUACUUGUCUGCUAGAAGUGAGUAGAGGCAGAAGAAUCAACACAGGAGCUGGAAGGGCCUCUGGAAAUCAGCUGGGGACUAGAGACAGGUGUGCAGCCCUCGGUUUACAGAGGCUGUGAGACCAAGAGAGUUCCAAGACCUCCAGGAAAACAUCUCCCUGCUAAAAGGCUUUCCCAACCUUCAGAAAUCUAUUCAUUUCCCCCACUUUCCACCCUCUUUCUCUUGCUAUCUCUUUAUCGCUCCUUCUGCCUUCUUCCUUUCUUUCCUUCAGUAAACGUUUUUUGAAACUAUGAUGAGCAAAAAAGGCCUGAUCCAGUCUAUGGCGCGUUUCGGUGGGAAGAUGAACACGCCCUUCCCAGCAGAGUAAAACGUGAUUACACCAAGGACCGGUACCCUCUCCCUUCCCUCGGCCAGGUCCACGUCCCCAGGCGUCGGAGAAGGGGUUGGACCGCGCAGCGGGGCGUCAGAGUUGCCAGGCGCCCGGGGCAAAUACUGGCAGCGGUGGUUGUGCGGUGUCCUAGCGACGGGGCGGCGGCAGGGCACACACACCGCCCAAGUCCGGACGGCGGCCGCGAAGCUAGGGCCACCAUGGCGGACCGCAGGCGGCGGCUCUGGCCGGGGACGUUGGCCCCGGUGCGCGAGGGCGUGAACUGCAGGUCCAGAUGUUUCACAAAGCACAAGAACGGGCUGAAGUUCCCCACCUCUCUGCACAGCCGGCAGUUGGUAUUUCCAAGAAAGGGGCUUGACGACUUCAGGAAGGGCUGCCCGCCUUGCACUGGUCUGGUGACUCAGGUCCCUGUGGAGGGCUUUCUGCCCCAGAUUUAUCACAGAGCUCCCCAGCUGGCCCCAAAGAAGAGGCAGAUCAAGCUGCUCAAGGAAGCAGACCUGCUUUCCAAGCUCUCGCCAGCCCAGCAGGCUCGGAAGGCAUUCCUGGAGGACGUGGAGGCCCACCUGACCCCACAUCCCUUAGCGCUCUACCCGAAUCUGGAAGAAGCUAUGCCCAUAGAGCUCUUAUCAAAGGUGCUGGAAGUGCUUGAUCCUGACCGGAAGCUGGAGGACACAUGGGCUUAUUGUCAGGACACCAGGAAAGGAAUGAAGGAACCCACGAAGCUUUUAAAAAAACAUUCUACCCAAGUCUACCUGGGACCUUCCAAGAAGACGUCUGUGUCAAACGCAGGCCAAUGGCUUUAUGAAGAAAAGCCACAUAAAAUGGAUUUGCUCCAUGAAAAUGGUCCUCGUCCUGGUCUUCAUGAAAAUGUAUGCAAAGCAGUUAGUGACUUCUGCAAGUGGGUUACUACUUUUGGAAUUUUGGAUAUCGAUGAAGAGUUCAUCUUGAAACAGUUUGACAUUGACUAUGAGACCAAACCAAGCCAUGAUGCGCUCCACACGAUGAAGCUAAAUCAGGUUCCUCUGGAGCUAAAGCGUAGUGUGGGGCUCAGUAAACUGCAGGAGCCAGAGUUGUUCCAGAAACUAGGCUAUGAGAGGAAACUCCAGAAACCACAGAAUCCUUAUAAGCCAAAGUGGGUGAAGAUGAGGUAUGGAGCAUGGUAUUUGAACCCCAAGUUGUGGAAAAAGCAAAGAGUAGACGAGCCUCUGGUUGACCCUGAGGUCUCACAUAAGGCUCAAGAGGAGAAUUUUAAAAAGGAGCUGCAGGAACAGGAGGAGUUACUUGCAGACCUUCACGGAACAGUUGCCUUUAAGGAUUUCAUUCUAAGCAGGGGCUACAGGAUGCCACGUUUCCUUGAGAAUAUGUAUAUCGGGAAGGAAUGUAAACGUGCAUGUAAUAAGACUCCUAUAAAACGAACUCAAUCAAGCAUAGAAGAAUCGUAGGAGAAUGAUUAGGCAGAUUUUAUUACUACAUACUUGGCUAUUUCUCUAUCUCCUUUUAAAGAUUAAACAGAAUUUAUGAUGAGUGUCCCACUGUGGAUGUUCAACUUUGACUUGGCAACAUCUGUAAAUGUAAUAUCUGAUGGUUAUAAGCAUUUCUCAAUGGAUUUCUGCUUCAGUUAAUUAACAUUUUAUAUACUUUAUCACCCAUGAGAUCAAUAUUCACAUGUAAUCUUCUCAUAUUUUUGUGGCACGUGAAUAUUAUAUAGGUAUAUCAACUAUUGGUAAAAAUAAAUAAAGGCAUAAAUAAAAACAGACUUACUCUAUUGCCUUUUCCCCAGGUUUUUUCUCUGGUAUUGAAUGAGUACCUCCUUUCCUCUUCCUUUACAAUAUUAUUUUCUUUCAUUUUGAAUUAAAUUUACUGAGAUAUUUUUUCCUUUUGUCCGCAUUGCCAUGGGUGGAUAUGGUCUGUUUGGCCCCGCUAAAUCUUAUGUUGCAGCUUGAUCCCCAGUGUUGGACGUGGGGGCUGGUUUGAGAUGUUUGAGUUAUGGGGGUGGAUCCCUCGUGAAUGGCUUGGUGCCAUUCUCACAGGAGUGAGUGAAUUCUCACUCUUAGUUCCUGUGAGAACUAGUUAUUGUAAAGAGACUGGCUCCUCCUCCUCUCUCUUGCUUGUUCUCUCACCAUGUGAUGUCUGCACAUGCUAGCUCCCCUUUGCCUUUUGCCACGAGUGGAAGAAUCCUGAAGCCCUCACCAGAAGCAGAUGCUGGCACCAUGCUUCUUGUACACCCUGUAGAGCUAUGAGCCAAAUAAAUUUCUUUUCUU